CAGCAAAAUCCUCGGCAAGACACGUCACAUGAUUUUAACAGCAAAGGAAAAGCACGAAUGAUUCGAUUUUAAAGUGAAAUGUUAUUUUUUUCAAAAUAACCUAAGCUACCUAAGCUUCUUGUCGUGGAACAAAAUCACUUUCACUUUCGUUUUUUUUGCGGGCAACAGCGCAGGGACAAAACACUUAUUUCCAUAGAAACUGCGUUAAUUUUAAGUAGAAAGUGUUGAAAAUGACGGCGUCUGUUUUGAUCACAUUGUGUGCUAGCUUCGUGGCUGGUGUGUCUGGUGUUUAUACAGAUGGAGUGUCAGUGUCAGUGAAUGAGGGAGAAUCAGUCACUCUAUACACUGAUGUUACAACAGUCCAACAGGAAAAGAUUUCCUGGUAUUUUAAUGACAUUAAACUUGCUGAAAUCACUGGAGGUCAGAGUAAGAUCUGUACAGAUGUUCAGUGUGAUGGGAGAUUCAGAAGCAGACUGAUACUGGAUUAUAAAAAUGGAUCUCUGACCAUCAAAGACACCAGACCCAAAGACACUGGAGUUUAUAAACUAAAGAUCACGAAAAACAGCAGAGACCUUGAAAAGAUCUUCUUUGUUACUGUUCAUGGUUUUUUCAGUACUGAUACAGAAGAAGAGUCAGUGUUUGUGAUGGAGGGAGAUUCAGUCACUCUACACACUGAUGUUAAAACAGACCAACAAGAAAAGAUUAGAUGGUAUUAUUAUGACACUCGCAUCGCUCAAAUCACUGGAGAUCUCAGUAAUAGCUGUACAGAUGUUCAGUGUAAUGAAGGUGCUGAGAGAUUGAGAGACAGACUGAAGCUGGAUCAUCAGACUGGAUCUCUGACCAUCAUGAACACCAGAGACCCGGCUUCAGGACUUUAUCGUCUACGUAUCAUCAGCAGCGACACCAUCACUGAAAAGAUCUUCUUUGUUGCUGUAUAUGGUGUUUCUGCUGCUGAACGAGAUGAAAUGAAGAGAAAGUCAGUGAAGGAGGGAGAAUCUGUCACUUUAGACACUCGUGUAAUAAAAAAAACAACUGAUGCGAUCAGAUGGUAUUUUAAUGACUCUCUCAUCGCUGAAAUCACUGGAGAUCAGAGUAAGAUCUGUUCAGAUGUUCAGUGUAAAGAGAGAUUCAGAGACAGACUGAAGCUGGAUCAUCAGACUGGAUCUCUGACCAUCACAAACACCAGAACCACAGACUCUGGAGAUUAUAAACUACAGAUCAGGAGCAGCAGAUUCAGCAUCACGAGGAGCUUCAGUGUUGCUGUCAUUAGUGUUUCUGCUGCUGAACGAGAUGAAAUGAAGAGAAAGUCAGUGAAGGAGGGAGAAUCUGUCACUUUAGACACUUACGUAAUAAAAAAACCAACUGACGUGAUGAGAUGGUAUUUUAAUGACUCUCUCAUCGCUGAAAUCACUGGAGAUCAGAGUAAGAUCUGUUCAGAUGUUCAGUGUAAAGAGAGAUUCAGAGACAGACUGAAGGUGAAUCAGACUGGAUCUCUGACCAUCACAAACACCAGAACCACAGACUCUGGAGAAUAUAAACUACAGAUCAGCAGCAGCAGAUUCAGCAUCAUGAGGAGUUUCACUCUUACUGUCUCUGAUGUUUCAGAUUCAGGAUCGUCUUCAGUUGCUGUUGCUGUUGUUGUUGUUGUUCUUCUUCUUCUUCUUCUGUUCGUUGCUGCUGUGGUUUUCUACAAGCGCCAAGCAAUAAUGCAAUGCAUCAGGAGGCAGCGCGAGAGACUGGAGCGCCGUGAACAGAGAGAUGAUGCUCAAGAGGCACGCCCUGAACAGAUUGAAACUCUAAUGCAGAGGCCUUCUACUGGGACAUCUCAGGAGACUGAGGCUGCUGGUGACACUGAGGCUGCUGAUCAGUCACAACUGUAACAUUAUUCUUUUAUUGAAAGGGAAAAUUAAGAGAAGAUGGGACAUUAGAGAAGAGCAUCAGCAGAAAUUCUCAUUUUUCACAGAAUCUGUCACAAUAUCAAGGUGUCAGUGUCAUUAAUAAUAGGGAUGCACCGGUUGACCAGCCAUAAAUCGGAACCAGCCGGUUUUUGCUUAAAAUACGCGAUUGGCAGUCGGCCGGUUUUUGGUCUUUUUUUCGUUUUUUUCCGGAAGUGCUCCCGUGUGCUCAGACUACAUUGUAAUGGUUCGCUAUGUCAUUUGUAUGGAAGUAUUUCUAAAUCUGUGCGUAGGACACGGGCAGCCGAUCAGUACUGGAAAUGCAGAGCUUCAUGUCUGAGGCACGGAGCAGGAAGCGAACAGCAGCUUGUGUACUGCAGCUCAAAUAAGAGCCCCUCUUCUGCACGCACUAAAGCAUUGCAAGCAUAUACUGUACCGGUCCACGCCCUGAACACGAGUAGACCGUGAAGAGAUGUUCAGAUCAACUUCUCACGUGUUGGAUGAGAAACGAAACGGACUAAACUGUGACAAAACUGAAAUGUUUUUUUUUUUUUUUUGUAAAGUAUAACUUGCAUACACGUUUGAAAAGCCAAAAGUAAACGUCAGUUCUGCAUUAGGAUGAUUAUUUUUAUUUAACUUUAAAAUUACAUUGACUUAAUUUGAUUUAAAAAUCACUUGCUGUAACACACUGAAAAAAAAGUGUUUCAUUCAUCCAAUUAAACUUUUUUAGGGUAAUGAUUCACAUCUAUAUUUUUUUUACUUGAGACAGUAGUUAGUUAUUUUUCAUUGGCUCAAGUAAAAAAUCUAGAUGUGAAUCAUUACCCUAAUUUUUUUAUUUUUUUUAUUUGAUGAAUGAAAGAAACACUUUGAAUCUUUGUUUUAUUCGCACCAACAUUAUUUGAUUUUAACAUUUUGGAAUAAUGUAUUUAUAUAACAUACUUUUAUUUAGUCUUACUGGUAAAGACCUUUUUUUAAUUUAAAAGCGAAUUUAAAAACUAAAACAAAUACUGAACGCUGAUUAAGAAACAUCUUAUUGAAUGUGUGUUGAUUGUGGUGUUUGGAUUGUAGAACUAUGCAGUUAUUGCCUUUAAUUUCACAUGGUUACAGACAGUUAAUCUUUUAAAUUAAUGCCAGUUAAAUGUAGUUUCAACCCAAUUCAAAAACAAAAGCUAAAUGCUGAUGUCUGUAGCAUCUAUGUUUGUAUUGAACGUAGGCUACUUACUGUGCAGUAAAUGCCGUUAAUUUCAGAUGGUUACAGUUAUUGUUUUCAAUAGCCAAAAGCCAGUUUGGCCUAUUAAAUACCAAAUAAACAUCUUGUUUAUUCACAC